UGUUACAAAAUGUUUCCUCAGUUAGCUUCCCUCUCUCCCUUCCCAGACUCUGAGCUCCGCUGUGGAGACCUGUUGCAUGGAGUCUCCUCCACCUACGUGGUGGAGCGCUUCCUGGGUGAGGGCAGCUUUGGGAAGGUCGCCCGGUGCCUCAAAUCAGCCACCCAGGAGAGGGUGGCCGUCAAGAUAUUCAGGAAUCAACCCCGCCUGAUUGAAGACGCUUGGCAAGAGAUUCGCAUGUUACAGAGUAUCCAGGAGCUGGACACGAGUUACAUUGUGAGAUGGAGCGGAUGGUUUGAGAGUGGACCCCACUUCUGCCUGGAGUUCGAGCUCCUGGACAGGAGUCUCCGUGAUGUCCUGGAUUGGAGAAAAAGGAUGACCUUGAAGGAAAUCAACGAGGUUCUGUACCAGUUGGCCACAGCAUUGACUCUGCUGGAGACGUUUGAGAUCAUCCACGCCGACCUGAAGCCAGAGAAUAUCAUGGUGGUCGAUUGCCACAGACCUCUCAAAGUUAAGUUGAUUGACUUUGGCUUAGCACGCCAUAUAUCUCAGGUUCAGGUUGGAGAUACAAUUGUGACCCAAUGGUACAGGGCCCCGGAGCUCCUGUUAGGCCUGCCUUACACAGGGGAUGUUGAUGUGUGGGCUCUUGGAUGCGUGGCCGUUGAAAUGUUUACCGGGUUCCCUAUCUAUCCUGGGUUUACUGAACACCAAAUGCUGGAGUACAUCACUGAGACCCAGGGUCCGUUUCCUGACUUCAUGCUGGAUUUUGGUAUCAAAACUAAGCGAUUCUUCAACAAGGGGUGGUUGUGGACGCUCAAGUCAUCAGACCAGUAUUUCCGCGAGACAGGAGUCCGUGAUGUUUGGAACGAAGAGUGCCCUCUCAAAUCACUGGAUGAACUUCUGGAGUCCGAGGCGGGGGAUCAGGUGGAGAAAUUUGUGGGCCUGCUGAAGGAGAUGCUGCAGCUCGAUCCCGAGCUGCGCAUCACUCCGCGGGACAUAGUGUGCACUCUUCACCAUGGCAACGCUGAAUACGAUGACACUAGAUUAGACAAUGCAGGGUCAGGCUGCUUAGACAUGGUCACAAGUCUGAGGCUGAGCCCCAACAGCUCCCUGGCGUCCGAAGAGCAGACCCGGUUCGACUUGGAUCGGGGAUCUACUUCGGAGUGUUGCAGCAAGGGGGGCAGAAAUGUGUCAAGCUCCAGAGACAUGGUCACACGUUUCAGGAGGAACUCCACAGAGCAGAGCGGACUGCAACAGCUGGAGUCUUGUGAUGAAACAUCCAGGUUAGCUCACCUUUUCUGUGUUUGA